AUGGAAGCACGAGAAGACGAAGCUGAAGGAGUAGAUAUCCUAAUGGUGAAGCCAGCGCUUCCUUCCCUCGAUAUCAUACCCAUUGGAGCUUGCCAGGUUUCUGGUGAGUACUCAAUGAUAAAAGCCGCAGGACUUCUGAAGAUGAUCGAUGAGGAAAAAGUUAUGAUGGAGUCAUUGAUUUGCUCUUCCAGCUGCUACAAUACUAUGCGGCGAGAAUAA